UAGUUUUAUUUACAAUAACCUCGAAUAUACACAAUUUCAUCUACAGCUGAGCACAAUAAUCAUCGCAAUCGUCAGGAAAUUAUGAACUUUAAUCAAAUUCAAGUCGUCACACUGUGUUUGAAUUUUCGAUUCUAUUAAGUAAAAGUACAAGUACUAGUAAACAAGUAAACUUCAGACCUCAUACACUGGUUAAAUCAAAUGGACUUUUCACUGCCAACAACAAUUAUUAAACUUGACACAGAUUCUACUGUUAAUUGAAGAUUUUCAAGUCCCGGAAAUUCUCGUAAGGGUUGUGGUGCAGACGCACGUUGACAAAAAAAUUUGUUUGUCUUAGAAAUGCCUAUGAGAUGUCUUGAGAUAACAAAACAAAGCUCUGCUAAGCUAAUUAUAUAAUUCAUAAUAAAGUGAAUGUGCAUUUAUUAAAAAUUAAUAAUAAUUACUAACAUUUAAAAAAUAAACAAACAAAAAUGGUUUAUAUUAAACCGGCUACAGAGACUACUUAUCGACCUAAGAGAAAAAUUCAAACGAUUAUCGUUGGAAUUUACAUUUAUGGCGGACCGAUAAUUGGAAUAUUGCUAUCGCUGCUGUGCACUAGAAUUUUGCUUUUUGGAAAUAUUUAUUUAAAAGCCCUUGUACUCGCUUAUGGAAUUUGGAUAUAUCAUGAUCGUCACAGAGCACAGGAAGCAGUAAGGGGUGCUGGAAUAAAAUGCAUGAGAGAGAAUUUCUUUUGGAAGCACUUUCGAAACUAUUUUCCUAUAGAAUUAGUCAAAACAGCAGAACUACCACCAAACAGAAAUUAUCUUUUAGCAUGCUAUCCACACGGUGCAUUGGGAAUUGGAGUUUUUACAAAUAUGGGAGUUGAUAUUUCUAAAUGGAAGGAAUUGUUUCCGAAAGUUCGUCCAAAUGUAGGAACUCUUGCGUUGCACUUUAACACUCCAUUUUUCCGCCAUCUCGUUGAAUCAUGGGGUCUAGUCUCAGUGACGAGAACUUCACUUCUCAACAAUCUUACAACCUCGCACGAUCCAAAGGAUCCUCUUAACAUGGCCGAUGAUUGUACUGCAACAGCUGUGGCUGUAGUUGUUGGUGGCGCUCGUGAAGCACUGGAUUCGAAGCCUGGAAAAUAUAUUUUGACCAUCAAAAGCCGGAAGGGAUUCAUUAAAUUAGCCAUGAAAUCUGGUGCUGCUAUUGUCCCAGUAUUUUCAUUUGGUGAAGUUGAUGUAUUCGAUCAAGUAGAUAAUCCACCGAAUUCUUUCAUAAGAAAAACACAAGAUUUUAUCAAGAAAAUCACAGGCAUUGCUCCGUUAUUGAUUUUAGGAAGAGGAUUCUUUCAAUAUAAUGUGGGAAUGUUGCCACAACGAAAGCGUAUUGUUCAAGUCGUUGGUGCCCCCAUUGACGUUCCUAAAUGUGACGAACCAAAUGAAGAAGAAGUGGAUAGGUUGCAUCAACAGUUUAUGGACGAUUUGAAAAAUAUUUUCGAUACCUACAAGACUAAAUAUAUUGAAAAUCCCGAAGAAGCUAUUUUGAUUAUGAACUAGUUAAGAAGACUUUACAAAUUUUCGAUGAAUCAUCGAUAGUUUUUAAACAGACAAGCUAUGCAAUGUAAAUUAAUUUUUUUUCCUAAAAUAGAUUUUAAAAAACGAG